AUGAACGGCUUAGCUAUCAGCCCCUUCAUAGCAGCCUUGCCCAAGGUGGAACUCCAUGUUCACAUUGAGGGAACACUCACGCCAGCUCUCCGAUGGGAACUAGCGCAUCGAAACAAUAUCACUCUACCAUAUGCGACAUUCGAAGACCUCAAGGCUUCCUAUGCAGUGACAUUGAAUCAUCGGCCCGAGCUAAAUGGUUGUCAACCCGGUAUUCCAACCUUUCUCGAGGCGUAUUUUGCAGGAUGUGAAGUCCUUCGCACAGAGCAGGACUUUUAUGAUCUAGCAAUGGCAUAUCUUCGUCGCUGUGCAGAGAUGAAUGUGCGUUACGCUGAACCGUUCUUCGAUAUUCAAGCACAUACCCGUCGAGGCGUUGCAGCGACCGCGGUUCUAGACGGGUAUCUGCGCGCGCAACACGAUGCAGCAAGGCAAUUUGGUGUGCGCUCGCGCUGGAUUUUGUGUUUCCUCCGUGACGAGCCUGUUAAAAAAGGGCUGGCUGCAUAUGUCGAAGCAAGGCCUUGGGCCGCUGGUACCGUCGAGGGAGGCAAGGGGCUUUUCCAUGCCGUUGGUCUCGCCAGCAAUGCCUACGAACGACCUCCCAUGUUGUUCGAAGAGGGCUAUGCCCUUGCAAAAGCGGAUGGCCUGCAUGUCACAAUGCAUUGUGAUUUUGGACAAAAGGACACGCAUGACCAUAUGCAUGAAGCCAUCUUUCAGGUGUGCGAUGGCCGGGGCUCAGAGCGCAUUGAUCAUGGGCUUGAUGCCGAGGACAAAGAGGAGUUAUGGCAAGGUCUGGUUGAUAGGAAGAUUGGUUUGACUUUGUGUCCUCAUGCGUAUCACCGGAGAACGGCGACAGAUGUUCUGUUUCCCAAGAUUCGACGAUUGCGCGACAGAGGAGUGAAGAUUUGUAUCAACAGUGACGAUCCAACUUUGAUGCAUGAUGUUUGGAUUGAUGGGAAUAUGCAGAAAGUGUACACAUACUGCAAGUUUAGUAAAGCUGAAAUGGUGCAGUUAGCAAGGAAUGCGGUGGAUAUGUGUUGGGCCGAGGGGAAUGUGAAGAGCGCUAUCUAUAAAGAACUAGAUGGGAUGGAUGUCCUCGAAUAG